UCAGUCAGUCACUCACACCGUCUCCGGGGCUCUCGCGUCGUCUUUGUGAAGUGCAGAGAGCGAGACAGAGGAGCGACGUAAACACGAGGUUUGAAGGAACAAUACGCGGAUUCGCCACUGACUCCGAGCUCAAAAUCACCGCUUCAGGAAGGGGUCAGCGAGGGAUUGGCGUGAGGAAUACAUGAAGGGCCGGGUGGGGGAGGGGGCGGCGACCACAGCACCACCACGGUGAAAGUUUUCACAGACUCGCUCUGUGAUUGAUGAGGAUUAAGAAGCUGAUUUUUGCCUAAUAGGGAACACAGGAGCGUCCUCAUCCACACUGAUUAAAGAGCUUUUAAUGGCGUCCCGGUAGAGGCAUCAAGAUGAACACGCUACCAUCGAUGGACCGGCACAUCCAGCAGACCAAUGACAGGCUGCAGUGCAUCAAACAGCACUUACAGAACCCGGCCAACUUCCACUCGGCAGCCACAGAGCUGCUCGACUGGUGUGGAGAUCCCCGGGCCUUCCAGCGACCUUUCGAGCAAAGCCUCAUGGGAUGUCUGACGGUGGUGAGCCGCGUCGCUGCCCAGCAGGGUUUUGACUUAGAUCUGGGCUACAGGUUGCUGGCUGUUUGUGCUGCAAACAGGGACAAAUUCACCCCAAAGUCUGCAGAAACCAGCACCUGCAGGAGAUGUCAGAGUGACUCAGCCCUGCUGUCGUCGUGGUGCGAGGAGCUGGGUCGUCUCCUCCUGCUGCGUCACCAGAAGAACCGGCAGAACGAACCGCAGGGAAAAGUCCCCAUGCAGCCCAGCAUGAACAGCAUGAAGCCGGGCCUCACACACAGUGAUGGAUCCUUUCCCUAUGACUCUGUCCCCUGGCAACAAAACACCAACCAGCCCCCUGGGUCAUUAUCUGUGGUUACAACAGUGUGGGGCGUGACCAAUACAUCACAGAGUCAGGUGCUGGGUAACCCGAUGGCAAACAGCAAUAACCCCAUGAAUCCUGGAGGUAACCCAAUGGGAUCAGGUAUGUCUGCCAGCGCAGCAGGGCUCAACUCACCACAGUUCAACGCUCAGCAGCAACAGUUUCCAAACAAAGGUGGCUCCAACCAGGGGUACAUUCAGCAAGGCAUGUACGGCCGGCCUGGCUACCCUGGAGGUCCUGGGGGAUACAGCGGGAGUUACUCUGGAGGGCCAAACGCUCCCCCAGGAGGAAUGGGAAUGACCUCCCACACUCGUCCCCCUGGUGACUUCACUCAGCCAGCCGCCGCUGCUGCAGCAGCUGCUGUCGCUGCCGCUGCUGCUACUGCAACAGCCACGGCAACAGCCACAGUCGCAGCCCUGCAGGAGACGCAGAAUAAAGACAUGAACCAGUACGGACAGAUGUGUUCGUCUUUCCAAAUGGGCCCCACUCAAGCCUAUAACAGCCAGUUCAUGAACCAGCCAGGCCCCCGAGGCCCCCCUGGAGGGAUGAAUCCAGGCAGCAUGGGAUCAGCCAUGAACAACCCCAACAUGAGCGGGCCUCCCAUGGGCAUGAACCAGGCUCGAACCCCCAGCAUGGGGCCUUUUGGAGCUCACGGCCAAAGGAUGCCUCAGCAAGGGUACCCUGGCGGACCCCGACAGGGAAUGCCCAUGCAGGGGAUGAAGAGGCCGUAUCCUGGGGAGGGAAGUUACGGAGGCCAGCAGUACGGGCCAAACAGUCAGUUCCCACCACAGCAGGGCCAGUACCCCGCAUCAAACGCCUCCAGGCCACUGCCGUCUCCAAACUACCCUGGCCAGAGGAUGCCGGGGCAGCAGGGCCAAGGACAAUACCCGCCUGGCAUGCCCAUGGGCCAGUAUUACAAGCAAGAGCCAUUUAAUGGUCAGAACAACAACUUCUCUGGAGGUGGAUACUCCUACGGCCAAGGCAAUGGGCCCCCCAGGCCCGGCAAUUACCCCCACUCACCCGUCCCUGGAAACCCCACACCCCCUAUGACCCCAGGAAGUGGAAUUCCUCCAUACCUGUCGCCAAACCAGGAUGUGAAGCCCCCGUUUCCACCUGACAUGAAACCAAAUAUGACAGCACUUCCCCCGCCUCCAUCUAACCCCAACGAAGAGCUGCGGUUGACGUUUCCAGUAAGGGACGGGGUGGUGCUAGAGCCGUUCCGCUUGGAGCACAACCUGGCAGUCAGUAACCACGUCUUCCACCUUCGACCGUCCGUCCACCAGACCCUCAUGUGGAGGUCAGACCUUGAGCUGCAGUUUAAGUGCUACCAUCACGAGGACAGGCAGAUGAACACCAACUGGCCCGCCUCCGUCCAGGUCAGUGUCAACGCCACGCCUCUCACCAUUGAGAGGGGAGACAACAAAACCUCCCACAAACCCUUGCACCUGAAGCACGUAUGCCAACCUGGGAGAAACACCAUCCAGAUCACAGUCACCGCCUGCUGCUGUUCCCACCUGUUUGUGCUGCAGCUGGUCCACCGGCCAUCUGUGCGAUCCGUCCUCCAGGGGCUCCUUAAGAAAAGACUCCUUCCUGCAGAACACUGCAUCACCAAGAUUAAGAGGAACUUCAGCAGUGUCGCUGCCUCGGCUGGCAACACCACUCUAAACGGGGAAGACGGCGUGGAGCAGACGGCCAUUAAGGUGUCACUGAAAUGUCCCAUUACCUUCCGACGCAUUCAGCUUCCUGCACGAGGGCAUGACUGCAAACAUGUCCAGUGCUUCGAUUUGGAGUCCUAUUUGCAGCUGAACUGUGAGAGGGGGACAUGGAGGUGUCCUGUGUGCAAUAAAACAGCAUUAUUAGAAGGUUUGGAGGUGGACCAGUACAUGUGGGGGAUACUCAAUGCAAUCCAAAAUUCAGAGUUUGAGGAGGUCACUAUAGACCCGACAUGCAGCUGGCGACCAGUUCCCAUCAAGUCUGAGCUCCAUAUCAAAGAAGACCCAGACGGGCCGAUCGCCAAGCGCUUUAAAACGAUGAGUCCCAGCCAGAUGACCAUGCCCAAUGUGAUGGAGAUGAUAGCUCAGCUGGGGCCUGGACCAGGUCCAGGAACUGGGCCUGGCCCCGGACCUGGUCCCAACCCCUACCCUCCACACCCAGGUCAACAUGGAAGCGGCAACGGGGGAGAUUACCCUGGAGCAGGCAACAGUUACCACAACCAGGGCAACUUUGACUUUCCUCAUGGGAACCCCUCUGGUGGUGGAGUGGGAGGAGGAGGAGUAGGCGGUGGAGGAGGUCCCCCUUUGAAUGAUUUCAUCCAUGGCCCCCAGCUCUCCCACCCCCCUGAUGGACCUGGUGGACUCCUCUCACAGGACAAGCCCCUCAGCCACGGCAUGAAUGAUGCGAUGUCCCAUCCCGAUCAGUCCCAUAACUCCAUGCAGCAGAUCUUGCAUGCGUCUCCCCACCCCGGCAGCCAAUCGGGGCCGCCCUUACAUCACACUGCCCAGUCAGGGCAGCCUUUGCAUCACAGUGGCCAAUCAUCGCAGCCGCCUCGCCAGUCGCAGCCUCAGCCGCAGCAGCAGCAACAGCAGCAGCAGCAGCCAGGGCAGAACAGUCACCCCCAUGGCGAUCUGAGCUUUAACCCCACCUCGGAACAGAUGAGUCAGGGUGCCCAGGAUAUGCCCGAACCCUCGCUGGAUCUGCUUCCAGAGCUGGCCAACCCAGACGAGUUACUAUCAUACCUGGACCCCCCAGACCUCCCCGCCAACAGCAACGACGACCUUCUCUCCCUGUUUGAGAACAACUAGCCCCUUACCUUCCCUUUUAUAAAAUCCUGCACCUGUGGGAGCUGGGAUGUGUUUGACUGUCCGUCCACAGGCACGUCACCGACCUCCUAUUCAAGCUGCUUCCUGUGAUCACGCACCCACACACAGUCCCUCAAAAGAAAAUGUGUGGCAUAGGAGUAGACUGAAAAAAAACAGAGGCACCUGUUUGGGAACUCCAAGGGAGGAAGCAGGAUUGCCGCUCACUCCCUGAUUUUUUUUUUUAAUUUUUAUUUUUUUGUCCUGAUGUAAAGAUUCCACACACCAGUUCCACCGCCUGACUCGAACACGACAUUUGCAGCCAUGUUGGCGGACACUAAAGUGAUAUAUUAUAAGUACAUAUAUGAUAUUGUGACUUUUCAACUGAAAACUGUGCAGCUAUAAUCAUCAUGUGUAAACAACAUGGAGGAGAGUGUUGUAGCUUUGUUUUUUUAUUAUCCUUUCCUUUCUGUGAAAAAAAGAGUCUUGUUUAAGUGUUUUUUAACCUGUUUGAAAUGUGUUCUUCCAAAACUGACAGAUGAAUAACUGGAACUUAUCAGAAUCAGAGCACUGAAAGGAUGAGCGAAGGCGUCCUCCGGUGUUGACAGAGGAAACCGAUGCACAUUGAGCAAUGUAGUGCGUGUGUGAGUGCGUGUAUAUACCCAUUUGUGUGUCUUUUUUGUUUGCCUGCCAGCGUAUGUGAUGUGAGAGACAGUGCAGAAAGACAGUUUUAGGAGGAAUGGAAGACAGAUCAGUCCGCUUUAAGAGACGCCCACUUCUUCUUCCAGUCUUUCUGCAGUUGUUUUUGUGUAUUUAUUGUAACGUUUCGCUCUUCCUCAUCCAAUUCAGCUCCAUUUUGUUCACAAGUGCAUGUGUGCCAACGGCUCCUUAUGUCUUUGUCCAGCCUAAACGUGCUUGAUCAAAUUUGUUCUGUCUUUAUAUUUAUUAUUUUAUUUCACAUUCAUCAGUUUUUUAUCAUUGUGGUCCUUUUUUAUGUGUGUAAUCAUUGUCCCACAUUGAAACUAAUCAGACACCCAUCACCAAAGUUGUCCCAGGCUUUUUGUAAAGGUUUGAGCCGCCUGGAUAUUAUAUAUAUAUCGGGGUAAGGGUGGGAUUCGAGCAUCCUUCAGACGUCGAGCAGAGGUUUAUAAAUCACUGUAUUUUAUAAAAACGUCUGUGUGAUUGUACUUAUCUUUCAUUUUGUCGUUUUUGUCUGUUGACCUGCAUCUUUUCUUGCAAAAAAACACCCUGCAUGAUCCAACAGUGUUUCCAGAUCUGUUGUAUAUACCCUUUGUGGAUACUUAGUGACUGUACAAUACUGUACCUAUCUAUUACUGGCAACUACAUGGUACUGUAUGUCUGUCGAGGACCUCACACACAGAAUCCCCAGUAAGCAGUCCGAUAUUGUAACUAACUGAUCUUAAAUGCACUCUCACUGGCCUUGUAUUGAGUACCUGUGUGUUGUGUACAGUUUUUCGAUGACAAUGCAUCAGUGAAAGGGAGUAUUUCAGCCGCUCAGUAGACGAUAAACAAAUCGGUCAGCUUUACAGUAAUGUUUUUCUGUCUAAACGAUUGUCAGCGCAGCAUUGAGGUCCACAUUUCUCCAAAAAUAAUUUGCCUAAAAUUACUGAAACAAGUGACCUCGUUCUUUUUAUUUAAAGUGACAAUGUGCAAAACAUCCUCCAGCCCUGAUAAUGAGCUUUUGAUAUUCAUACUUUUGCAAAAAUGUGUGAACAUGAUUUGUGUAUUUUUAUUUUUUUGUAAAAUUACACUUUUUAUAUUGUUUUAAAUUAUUGUUCAUCCUGUGUUUUUAUAACAGGUACAAUUUGGUUUACACAGUUUUAUGCAGUACAGUACUUACUCUCUAUGUUGUUGGAUUAAAGUUCCCCCUUUAGAGAUUUGUUUUUGUCUUUGAAGAACCAAAUAUGGAUUUCAGAAUUGAUCAAAUGAGCUCCAUACAGCACAGCUGAAGGAUCAGAUUGUUUUCUGUGUUUGUUAAAGACAAUGCACUGCCGCAUUGGGAUCUUUUAUUUCCCUACACAGUGUGGAACUGUAACCUUUCACAAAAUCACGUCAUGUAAUCUGAGUGACACAAAUUGUACUGUCUGACUGCAGACUUUGGAUAUGGAGGAUUUAAAAGAGAAUGCAAUUAAUGUUGUAAAAUGAAAUUUUUUGGGGAAGACACGCUCCUGUUUGCAUUGCACGGGGAGGAUGGGGGCUGAGGGUCUGGGGUGGGGGUUUGGGCUGUAAGGGAUACAUGUAUAUAAUGUAAAUGACAAAUAGAGACACGUUAACAGAAAUGUAUUCAUUUUCUCCAGGAGGAGUGUGCAUAGUGUAUUUAGAAUUUGUAAAGCUUCCAUCCUCCUGUCAGACAUUGAAUUGGCAAACUGAGUCUUUGUUUGAUUGCGUCUGUGCAGACCUCUCUAACCACGCCUGUUCAUUUAUGUAAAAUACUUUAUGUGCCCCUUCACAUGGGGUUUCCAAGAAAAAAAGACAUUUUUUCCUUUGUGUAAUAUGAAACUUCUGUGUAUUUCUCUAUUACCUGUGUACUUUAUAAAGGUGCUACAAAAUUAUGAAAGCCUUUUGAGGUAUAAUUGGGACUUGGAGACAUCGAGCUUUGAGUCGCUCUUAAGGUUUGUUUCCAAAUUUACAGUUUGUAAAAAAGAAUUUUGUCAAAUUUACAAUUUUUAUGCAAUUUGGCAAAUAACAUAUGCUAUAAAGGUACAAUCUGAAGUGAUUGGCACAACAAGUGGCAGUUGUCUCUUUGGUUUUGUACAUUCUAUGUACAAUCAUUUCAUAUUCUAAACUGGUCAGAAAAACAUUGUGAUUUUUAGUCUUGCAAAUCUGUAUGUAGUUAGAUGACGUGACAUCCUAAUAUUUAUCUAAUAAAUAUGUAU